AUCAUUUAACUUUGCAAUGCGUUUAUACUUUAUCGACCAGACAUGUAGUUUUGAUUUGUUUCUUUUAGGAAACAACCUGGCGCACUAAAAUUUUGUACCCACCGGGUACUAUACAGAUAAUCACAACAUGAAAUAUAAACAAAUGUUGCCCACUUGAUAGACAGCUUUCUGCACUACAUGUAAUGCUAUUCGGCAGGGUCGUGUUCUGAUCGUUUUCUCAAAGACACUAACAUCAAUCGAUUUAUAAGUUAAACAGUAUUAAAGCAUGAAGUAUGAGUAUAAGAUUGAAGCAUGAAGUAGAGUACUAGAGCGCGAAGCGCAGUUCGUUACCGCCAUGCGCUGCCUUCAAGGAAGUACUGGAUAAUGAGUGCUGUUGAAAUCACUCAUGCGCACCGUCGGCGCUAUCCCAACCGAACGAAACAAAAAUAAGUAAUGUUCCCGUCUAUUUUGUACGCACUGUAACUAAAGAGGUAAUUGUACCGACACGCCCAACUUGCUAAUGUUUAUCACGUGCACAAGACCGUGCGUACCCCCUCGAGGCAAUGCAUCGUGGUAGUGGAUCCUGCUAUGCUAAAACGGUUUACUUGCAAUUCGAAAGAGAAUCACGCGCGUCCAUCCUGUGUGUCUGCAGAUCCGCGACACGUUCACCAGGGAGUGCAACGAAACGACCAUGAACCUGGUGUUCAGACUGACCCUGGAAAAUCCUUACAUCGUGUUCGACCUGUCUUCGCCCUUCGGCAGUACCGCGCUCGCCGGUGGUCAGCUGACCGUCAGGGUUGACUCGCUGGAUGUCGACAUCGGCCUCGUCACACCAAAGGUCAAAAAGAGCGGCGAGAAUGCCGAGCCGCAGGUACCUUUCGCCCAGGUUCGCAGAGCACACAACCUUCGGCUCGAGUUCACGGGGAUGCCUCCGGCCACGACGGCACUGACUUCCCUGCUGGCACUACUGCAACAGUUGAUACCAUCCGUGCAGACACGGCUGUUCGAGAUCAUACUGACCCGCAUAUUGAGGAACUACGUCGCAACAACGCCGAUUCCUUUUUAAACUCCGAAGGAUCGAGAGAGGACACGUCGAAAGAGGGGAAAGAAUGAAUGCAGAGUAGCUCGCCAGAGCUAUUUAGGCGGGGUUAAUGUAACAAAUAUUCCAAUGGUCAUUCAUUUUCACACUCCGUCAGCGGCCCACGUUAUCAACGGGAUCAGCCGUUCGUGAACAGAGGGUGAUAAGAGUGGCAUAGAAUCGAGCGGAAGGAAUCACUACAUUAUGCCGACACCGGUUCCGGUUGGGGCUGUUCCAAACAAAAUGCUAAAGAUUAAAUGAGUAUUGACGUUAUAUUGGUGAGGAGUUUUUGUUUGUUGGUUCUUAUUUGACUAACAUUUGCAAAAUAACUUUCUUUAUGCGCUGUGGUUGGCACAUAAUCGUCCGAACGAACACUGGUGCAGAGCACAUAUACUCACAGAGGAAUGAGAAACAAGUAAGCUCAAGAAAGACGCAGCCCAGAUAAUAGGCAGCGCCCUUCUGGCAGUCUAUUACCUACGUACCACGACAUUUAGUUUAUGUAGCGCAGAAACAGCGUGCAUAAUUUAUACUCACUCUAUAGGCUUUUCCGGUGUUUACAAACGAAGGCUCUUUGCUUCCUGACCUCGCUCAAAAUGAUAGCCUGAUACAUUUUGCGGAUAAGAAAGGGAAAUAGCGGCCGCAGUAGUACUGCUCUACAACAACCCAUUCAUUUAAACUCACUUUUGCCAAGAAAAACA